AUGAUCGGCGAUUCGCGUUACCACGACAUGCUCCGUAGCUAUCCAGAAAUAACUCGUCCAGCUGGAAUUCAAUGUGUAGCACCCCACAGCACUGUCCAUCAUAUUAGGACUACGCCAGGCCCACCAAUCAGUUCCACACCACGCCGAUUAGCGCCAGACAAACUCAAGGUAGCAAAACAAGAGUUUGAAUUAAUGAUUAAAAACGGAAUAGCACGCCCAUCUGAAAGCGCUUGGUCGUCUCCAUUGCACCUCGCACCGAAAAAGGGAAAUGGAUGGCGUCCAUGUGGCGACUACCGGAUGCUCAACGCCCGCACAAUCCCAGACCGCUAUCCCAUCCGAAAUAUCCACGACUUUACCCAUAACAUAUCUGUUUGUACAAUAUUUUCAACAAUAGACUUGGUGAAAGCGUACAACCAAAUUCCUGUUAGUGAAGAGGAUAUACCAAAGACGGCAAUUACAACACCUUUUGGCCUCUACGAGUUCCGGUAUAUGACGUACGGCCUUAGAAACGCAGGUCAAACGUUUCAGAGAUUCGUUGAUGAACUGACUAGAGGUAUGGAUUUUUGCUUUGCCUAUUUGGACGACUUUCUCAUUUUCUCCAAAGACGAAAAAUCACACAAAGAACAUCUUUGUCAGUUAUUCGACAGACUCAAAGAAAACGGAACUGUCAUAAAUACAUCUAAGUGUGUCUUUGGAGCAAAGGAGGUAGUAUUUCUCGGAUACAAGGUAUCGGCAGAAGGAUUAAUGCCACUCGAAACCAAAGUACAAGCCGUCCAAGAUUACCCGAUACCAAAGACGGUGAGAGAACUUCGUCGAUUUUUAGGGAUACUGAAUUUCUAUCGCAAAUUCAUCCCCGGUGCGGCAAAAAUUCAAGCACCACUUCAUGCCCUAUUGACAGGACGAGUGAAAGGUUCUCAUCCAGUAAACAUUUCUGGCGAUACAAAGACAGCUUUUGAAAACUGCAAAAGAAGCUUAUGCACAGCUGCUCUUCUGGCACAUCCAGACUCAGUGCAAGACUCGCAUUGGUUACUGAUGCAUCGGAUACCGCCAUAG